AUGGCGGCUACGUGGCAGGGAGGAUCUCACCCGCCGGAACAGCCAUGGCAGAACGGGAUUGCGUGUGGAGGAGGAUGCGGGUCGCAUCUCUACAUAUUGACUGAUGGUUCUUCAUACUUUCUGUGUCCUCCCAGCGAGCCUCCUAACUCUCAGGGGCCUUGCAGCUGCGCUUACCUAGCAAGAGAAAUAUGUCGGGAAAUUGACGUGCGAGGUUCUGGAUUCUCAGUGUGGUGGCUGGCCCCUUCAGCUCUGAGAGGGUGUGAAGUGACAGCAAUCCAAGUGCUGCUGACCAUGGAUGUACUGGUGCUUGGUGCUGUUGUGGUGGUGUUGACAGUUGUGGUCUAUUUACUUGCCACUUUGGGCACAAAAGAAACCCCUUAUGAAGAAGCUCUUGCCGAACAACGUCAGAAGCAGGAACAGGAACAGAUUGCGCUAGCAAAGACUGACAGGCAACAAAAGUACAAAAAUACCAAGCAAAAGAAGCCAAAGGUCAGGAAGGAUGACUUUGAGCAGAAUGGACCAGCAUCAGCAACAAAAGUAGAGGAAAUAAUUACUGAACCAGACACCACACCACCUUCUACAGAACCUGAGGCUUCUCCCCAACCUCAGCAGGAAAAGAAGAAGAAAAAGAAGAAAGACAAGGAUGAUGAUGAAGCUCCUCGUAAGAUUGUUGUGGAGGAGGUAACUGAAACUAUUGUGACAAAGGCUGAGGCUGUGAAAGUAGAGGCUGCAAAGGGGAAGUCCUCUAAGCCAGAAGCAGCCAAGUCCUCACAGGCCAAGGCUGAAAGCCCAAAGGCUGAUGCUCUGAAGGUGGAGUCUUCUAAAGGAAAGACUUCCAAGGUAGAGGCAUCCAAGUCAGAGCAAGCCAAGGCUGAAAGCCCAAAGGCUGAAGCUGGAAAGUCAAAGGCUGCCAAGGCAGAGGCUGCAAAGACUGAAACUUCUAAGACUGAAGCUGCCAAGGCAGAACCAGCCAAAGGAAAGGCAGCAAAAACUGAUGUGGGAAAAGCUGAACCAGCCAAGAUCACCAAGGCCAAGGAGACCAAGACAGAGGCAGCCAAGACAGAGGCUGCAAAGACCAAGGCCGCUCCAGAAUCCACCCCUCCUCCUCAGGGAAAAGAAAAUAAGAAGGAAAAGGUUGUAACGCCUGUAACCCGCCCUAAGGUUGAAGAUAAUUUUGAGGUUGUAGAUGGCACUUUGAACUCGACAGGAAAGGCUACACCAACUCAAGAAAAGAAGAAGAAAAAAGAGAAACAGAAGACUGAUAUUCCUGGUCCAAAAGAGAGUAGAAUUCUGCCCCUUGUGCAAGAUGCUCACCUGAGCAGUGGAGAGAUUCAAACUUUGAUUGACAUCCUGCUGAACAAGCAGCAGCAGAACAAUGCUGGUGGUGAAUGGGUUGAGAAGGGACGUGUUGAUCCCACAACUCAGCUUCGACGACAGUUGGAGGAAGUUGAAACCCGCUUGAGGGAGAAGGAUGAGGCUCACUCUGCACUGUCAGCCAAGAUUACUGCCCUCCGUACGGAACUGAAUUGUGAACGCUCUCGUGCAGUGAAGCUGAAAGCUCAAUUGGAUGACACUGUUGCAAGUCACUCACGUGAGCUCGAGACUGCAAAUGCAAAUGCCCAGUCAUCUCAAAAUGCACGUCUGAAUGAAAUGAAGGCAGCUCUAGAGAAGGAAUACCAGGCUAAAAUGCAACAGCAACAAAAGAUUUUACAGCAGUUGCAGAGCACGAAUAAUGAAUCGGAAAUUGCAACACUGCGAGCUUCCCUCAGUGAGUCGGAAAUGCAAACAGCUGUGCUGAGACAAGAGCAUGAAGAAUUAACAAGGAGAUGCCAGCAGUAUGAAGAGCACAUUGCUGCUCUUGAUGAAAAGAGAGCAGGUGAAAAUGCCAAUAGAAAUACACAAAUCACAGAGCUGCAGGCACAACUUGCAAGUGCUGAUGCCCAGAGAGCCCAAGCCUUGGCAGAGGCAUCUGCUGCAAGUGCUGAGCGAGAUGCUCUUACUUUGCAACUAGCAAAUGAAACCUCAAAAACUGCACAAACACAGCACAAACUUCAGGAAUCGGCACAGGAGAAAACAAAAGUGGAGUCGCGAUUAGCCCAAAUAGAGGGUGAACUUUGUAGUGUACGACAGGUGGUGUUAGACCAGACUGCAGAAAUUGAACGCUUAAAAGAGGAAAAGGAGUCUUUGGCAUCUCAGAGUGUCCGUCCAGCAGCUGAGGGUCAAGAAAAUGGUGAUGUUCAUGCAGAGCAAACCCAAGGCCCAUCCACCGCCCACUUAGAAUCAUUAGUUAAGGAAAGAGAGAUCCAAAUAGAACAACAAAUAAGUGAGGUAUCAAACCUGAAGAAGGAAAUUGCAAGAUUAAAAGAAGAACUGGAUAAUCAGAAAGCAAAGAACAAUGAGUUACGAGAAAAGAACCACAAAGUCCUGGAGGCCUUAACAAGCACAGAGGAAAAAUUGAUGGCUAGACUCAAGCAGGUGGAUGAGGCAUCUGGCGAGGUGGAAGAGGAGAAGACGAAGGUUCGUGCCGUCCUUAGAAGAAUUUUCCCUGAGGUUGUUGUAGAUGACGCAUUGGCCCUUCCUGUUAGGAAAAAGACGUACCAGGACCAAGGUGCAUUCCUAAGUGAGUUUGAGACGAAGGCAUUACAAGUAAUUACUCAGUCGUCUCAGACCCCACAGCCAGAGGUUGUGGAGAAAGUUGUAGAAAAGGUUGUUGAAGUUGAAAAGGUUGUAGAGAAGGUAGUUGAAGUAAAGGUUGAAGACCCAGAACUCAAGUCUCAGGUUGAGAAACUUGCCAAGGAAAAUGCUCAGCUCAAGUCUCAGGUUGAAGAUCUUAAGAGAUCGUCAUCUGCCAGUGAUAGCAAGAGAGUUAGUGAGCUGGAACAAGAAGUCCAAGCAGUCAAUGAAAAAGUUGUCCAUUAUCAGACUGUUCUUGCAGAUACUGAGAAUUUACUCAAAUCAUUAGAGGCAUCUGUUGAGUCAGAGGAAGUAACCUGGAAUAAGAGGUUGUCAGAGAAGGACCAAGACUUGCGUCAACUAACGGCUGACAAAGCUAACCUCCAGCUGCAGGUGAAACAGCUAGAAGGCACCUUAGACAAGGUCAAGCAGGCAGAGGAGGCAGCAGCAGAGGUUUGUGGAGUGGAGUUUGCGUUAAAUUGCAUAGAGAAGUCUCUGCCCCUCGUAGUCACUCAGAUGCAGUCUCAAUUGAAGGAACUGCAGGAGCAGCUACAGAAGGAAGAAAAGGAGAAGACAGCUCUUCAGGAGGAGCUACUGAAGGCCCAGGAGCAGCUCACACAGACCGCUACCAAGGGCAGCGGUGAUGUUGAUGUGGGCUUGCUGGAGCUGCGUGCAGACAACGACAAGCUUCGAACACUAGUCAGUGUUGGGCAGGAUGCCAGCCGGCAACAGGAACAGCUCAUCGAGGAGCUAAGGACGGAACUAGCCUCUGUCAAGGCAGCCCUGGCCGCUAGCCGUGUGAGUAAAAUGGGCUACAUGGUUGGUUGGGUGGGACGCAACAGCAACAACACCACCACCACCAACAUCAUCAACAACAACAACCCUGUGGAACAGCAGAAUGCAAGUAUGAAUGGACCAGCCAGUGAGGAACAGUGUCAAGAGGACAACACCUCGCGUGCCGACACCGCCAGUCUGAUGUCCGCUUCCUCUGCCUCAGUCACAGACACUAACCUUUCUCAGGAUCAGUCAGGAGCAACGGCAAAAAAAGCUAAAAAGAAGCGAAAGUUUUCUCUGCGAGGUUCCCCUCGUAAAGCUAGUAAGUCUCCCAGCAGACGUACCAGUAGGGAAGGAACAAUUGUCAGAGCCGUUGAUAAAAAAACAGGGUGCUGGGGCUAAGCAGUGAAAAAUAAUAGGAGGUACAAGAAGCAGCCACAACUUGCAAGAGUUUCACUGACAUUGUCUAUCGUCCAACCUUGGCCACAGUGUUGGAGGUCCACAGCCAGAGCAGCUGAAUGCCAUGAAGACUUUUGCUAUUAAGAUGUAUUUUAUACAAAUAUUCUUUUGUAGAAUGUCCUGGAAAUUGAAGCUUCAUGGGAGAUAGCUGUUACAAGUGAGGACCAUUUAUAAAAAUGUUGUUUUCUGAAUUUUCUCAGUAUGAAUUUGAACAACUUUGUUAGUUGUAAGUGUUCAACUUGCAUGUAUGCUUUGGAAGAAAUUUUGAGAUUCACACUGAAGAUUACUAGCUACUUGUUUUGAAAGGCUUUGUUUAUUGGAAUUGUAAAUUUUGCUUUGGUUAUUUUGAGUAUCAAGACUGUUAAAUUGAAAUGAGUUGUGAAGCCAAAAGGUUUGCUCAGUUUUUGGUGGCAAUUAUAAAGUGCAAUGUUGUCAGUGACAGUGAAGUCUUGCAGGUCAUUGUCUUUGAACCAUCAGUGUGAUGCAGACGGUUGUUGAGACUUGCUCAUUUAGGAAAGAGUUUUUCUAUUCAUGCUUUUACAUUUGUGCUUGGUUCUUUGUUAUUAUCAGAAGUCGUCUUCUAUGAUGUAAAAGUGAAAACCAAGAGGUUUGACAGCAAGUUCUGAUCACCUGUGGUGUUGUGGGUGCACUUUCUUUUUUUAGUUUCCAUUGCUGCAAAGGGUUAGGGGCAUUGCCAAGCAUUGUAUUUUUUGUUUACUAUUGGAGAGAUUCACUCUUGUGUUUAUAACGUAUUUUACACUUGAUGCAGCAAGAGCAAUCUUAAGUUAAAAAUACAAAGUUCAUUCCAGUGAUGAUUAAUCCCCUCUUUUUGAAAGGGCUAUAUUUUUUCUCCACUUGGACAGUGAAGUAAUGUACCAUGCACAGGAAUAAUAGUAUAGUUUAAUAUGUAUUCUAGCUUUUCAUAUAUUCUGACGAUCUUGAUAUUCUUUGAGGAAUUUAUAAUUUAAUAUGGAUGUGUUGCAAUUUUUUUUUUUUUUAGUUUACACAGCAGUGGUACAUAUUUUACUGACCAGUUUUGUAUAACUAAAUGGAAAACUAUUCCAGUAGGCCAUUAGGACACUUCCCAAGUUUCCAGUCCAUUCUGGGUGGGCUUGCUUAUGUCUUCUGGCGCCUCACGUCGGCAUAUCCUUUACUGUGGUAAUAAUCCCCAUAGACCAAGAUUUACUAUUACUAUUGUUUUGUACGGUGCAAGGAGCCAAGAACACAAGUGUGGCAGUUAGUGUGGUUGUCCUUGGGGCGGGUAGCACGGGUUGGGACCAGGAAAAACAAAUAGCAGGUCGUAGGGGGAUCAAAGGGCAAUCUGGUGCUUAUUCUUUCCCAACAGGCAGAUGACCUGAGCCUGGAUGCUCUUGUGGGUUGGGGUUGUAAUGAUACACCUUCGAGGAUGUAGGUCCUUCCUUUUUUUGUCUUUGUAUUUGUGCUGAGGUGAAUCUGUUUGACAUGGCAUUACAUCCUCCAACUCUGAAAGAUUGUAUUCUAGACUGAUAGGGGUUGCCUAUUCCACAUCUGAACACAUUCUAUUCUUUUUAUAAUAAUUUUUUUGAAUCUGUAAUUCCAAGGGUAUACGGUGAUUUUAAGGUGUGGUUUGUCAAACUGCUUGUGAUGGGGCUAUUAUACAUAUGCUAAAUAGCCCCAGUUAUAUCUAUAGAAUAGUCACCCAAGAAAUAAAUCAUAGCCAGUAGGUAUUACUGAUUAGUAUAAAUGCUUUACAAGAUCAAAGUGGUGUUUAAAAUUGGUGCCCAUGUGCUGCCCAGCCUGGCGUGUGAGAUUGUUACCUGGUGAGAUUGGACCUGGUAUUCAAACACAAAUACAUGGUUUAUCAGUA